AUUAAAAAAUGCCGAAUAAACCAUCAGCCCGACCCGCACCCGAUCCGAAUGAUCCACGGGUCGGCCACCCGUAUCAGCCGCCCUCGCCCUAUGCUCCUCCGAUCGCCCACACACACUCCCACAGCGGCUCCUUCGGGUGGGGCUCGCCGCCUCAAGGCUACGGGUACUAUCAGCCUCCACCGCCGCCACCGCCGGAGACGGCGAACGUGUACAGCUCGUUUCCGGCGGGCACCCACCCCGAUGUGAUCCGGAGCUUCCAGAUGGUGGAUAGGAACCAGAACGGUUACAUUGAGGAGAAGGAGCUUCAGGAAGCGCUCGCUUGGAAUUACCAGAGUUUCAGCCUUAGAACUCUGCGUUUGCUCAUUUUUCUCUUCAGAGAUCCCCGAGAAUCUUCGUCUAUAAUUGGACCGAAAGAGUUUGAAGCUAUUUGGAGGUGCCUUGGGCAAUGGCGGGCAAUUUUUGAAAGAUUUGAUCGAGAUAGGAGUGGGAAAAUCGAUCCUAUGGAAUUGAGGGACGCCCUACAUAGUCUUGGAUAUGCAGUGCCACCUUCUGUUCUGCAAGUCCUGAUUUCCCGAUACGAUAAUGGCAGCAGGCUCCCGGCAGAGCUAAGUUUCGACAGCUUUAUCGAAUGUGGGAUGAUUGUAAAGGGUUUGACGGAGAAAUUCAAGGAGAAAGACAAGCAUUACACGGGAUCAGCGAUGCUAACGUACGAGACAUUCAUGUGCAUGAUCAUCCCUUUCCUCGUCGCAGAUUAGUAUCUCCAUCUUUCCACUAUAUAUUCUCUUGAUUUUGUUUUGCUUAGUUUUUUCUAGAGCUUUGUACAUGGUAUAACAAGGAGCAAAGCUAAUGGAUUAUUUUUCUUGGUGUGUUUGGAACAGAAAUGUGUUUACUUGCAUAUUUUCUUCACAUUGCAAAACA